AUGAUAUCAUGGGAAGCCGCUCUUCUUUCUGCUUUUUCGACUCUUUUUCCGGUCACGUUGCCGCUCACCGGUGCCUGCCUGGCGGUGGCUUCACCGGUCGCAGACACGAACGCUGCCACACAUCCGACUUUCUUCUUGAUACGGCAUGCUGAGAAGGACAAGCACGGUAUCAUUGACCAGCGAGGCAAGGAGCGCGAGAAGUGCCUCGUCAAGCUCUUUAGCAAAGACAGCGACUACGACAUCCAGGAAAUCAUAACACCUAAAUACCAUCGCAACGAUCCCGUCACUGAGCGACCCUACAACACCACCCUUCCUCUCGCGAAGUCUCUUGGCCUGACGAUCCAAGACGCCUGCGAGUACGACGACAUGGCAUGCGCCGCCAAGGAGGCUCUGAGCUACAAGGGGUCGGGCAAUGUACUGAUCGCCUGGGAACAUGUCAGGCUGCCAACUGUUGCGGCGGAUAUCGGCGCCCAAGAUGUACCCAAGUAUCCCGACGAUCGCUUUGAUCUCAUUUACACUCUGCCAUAUCCCUAUGCAAAGUGCAGCUACCCUCGUUGCUUGACAAUGUAUUCUUCUGUAUACUCUCGGUAUCGUCGCAGCCUCUCAGUAAUGUGCAAUGCGGUGCCCGUUUCCCACCGAGAACCGCAUGACCGAAGUUGCAAGCGCCGCAUCUAG